AAAGGUAGCCGUUCGGGUAUGUAAAAGAAAAAAACAAACGAGAAUGAGUCAUGGAAUUUCUUUUCUAUUGAAAUAGGUUCGACCAUUUUUACAACGAGAAAAAGCUCAUGAACAAAAAAGUUGCAUUUCUAUACAUCCACAAACAAAUCAAAUUGUUCUUGGUGAGAAAAGAACAUUUAAAUAUGAUUUCGUUUUCGGACCUAAAACUCAACAGGAAGAUUUAUAUCAAACAUGUAUUGAACCAAUGCUUAGUAAUGUUUUUGAUGGAUACAAUGUAACAAUAUUUGCUUAUGGUCAAACCGGUUCAGGAAAAACAUUUACUAUGACUGGUGGAAAUAUUUUAUCAAUUGGAGAAACAGAAUAUGGAAUUGUACCACGUGCGGUUCAAACAAUUUUUGAUACAUUACAAAAUCGACCAGGUUGUCAUGUUACGAUUUCAGCAUCAUAUUUAGAAAUAUAUAAAGAUGAUAUUAUCGAUUUACUUGAUAUUAAUGAUAAAGCAUUGGAUGUUCGAGAUGAUGCAGCUGGCAAUACUAUUGUUAUUGGAGCAAGUGAACAUAGAUGUUAUUCAAUUGAUGAUGUUGUUAGUCUAUUAAAAAAAGGUUCAACUGUUCGUCAUGUAGGUGCAACACAAAUGAAUGAUGAAUCAUCUCGAUCGCAUGCAAUUUUUACAUUAUACAUCGAACAACGUCUUCGAGAUAAAAAUUCGAAUUCAACUAUUAUACAAGCAUCUUAUGAUGGUCUAAUUAAACCAGUGCAAUCAACAUUUGAUGAAAGUUACCUUUCUGCUAAACUUCAUUUUGUUGAUUUGGCCGGUUCAGAGCGUGUAGCACGUACACAUAAUACAGGUGAACGUUUUCAAGAAUCAAUUCGUAUUAAUUCUGGUUUAUUGGCUUUGGGCAAUGUUGUUAGUGCUUUAUCCGAUCCGAAAAAACGUGCCGGUGGUCAUAUACCUUAUCGUGAUUCAAAAAUUACUCGUUUACUCAAAGAUUCACUUGGAGGCAAUGCAAAAACAUUAAUGAUAACAUGUGUUAGUCCAUGUAUUGUUGAUCUCGACGAAUCUCUUAAUGCACUUAAAUAUGCUCAUCGAGCAAGUCAAAUUCGCAAUAAACCAAUUAAAAAUAUCGAUCCAAAUACACAGCGUGUCGCUGAUAUGCAAACUGAAAUUACUCAUUUACGUGAGGAAUUAGAACGACAACGAUCAAUGAUAUCACGUCAUGGACAUUCUGCUAAUACUAAUCGUUCAAAUAUAACAAUGAAUAACGAUCAAACACGUCGUUUAAUUCAAACUGCUUAUGCAUGUUUUAAACAUUUAAAUGAAUGUAAUGAAUUAACUAAUGAACAAAAACAAUGGAUACAAACAUGGAUGGAUGCCGUAACUAAUGAAAAUUUCGAAGAUGUUUCUGAUGAUUUAUACACAUCACGAAUAGUAAAUUUAGAAAAUGCUUUGCAAACAGCACAAAAUGAGUUACGAUCAGAAUCUCAAAUGCGUGUUCGACGUGAAAUGAUACUUGAACAAUUACAAGAAGAGCUUAAGACAAAAGAAGAUGAAUUAAAUCGUAUACGUCUUGCAUUAGAUGAAACAAAUUCUCAUUUAAAACAACAAGAAGAUAUUGUUUUACAAUUACAAACUGAACAACAAAAUCAUAAUCAUUCAACAAAUAUCUAUCAAUUAAAUCAUUCAACAGCAAAAAAAUCUUUACAUGAUCGAAUAAAAUCAGCACCUUAUUUUAGUGGUAUGCAACGGAAGUCAAUACAACCACGAAAUAUUCAUUCUAGUCCAGCUAUAUUUGAUGUGGAAUAUGUUACAGAUAGAUUUCACGGACGAUCAUUAGCAUUGGCACAUUCUCAAGAAGAAAUUGAAGAACUUGAUUUGAAAGAGAAUGAUGAAACAUUAACCGAACAAAAUCAAUUUAUUCGACAUAAUACAUAUCGUGUUCGUAAAAGACGAAUGACACCAAGUAUUUUGCCAGAAGAUGAAACUAUACAAACAUUAACUCAAUCAACUAUGAAAAAACAGAAAUUAAUUGAUCAAGUAACUCGUAAAGUUAAAGAAGCAGAAAGCAAUGCACAUCUUUUAAAUAUGAAUAUUCAACUUAAAGAACAAUUAAUUAAAAGUGUUUAUACAUCAACUAAAGAUGUUAAAAAUACGAAUGAACAAUAUCAACAACAUAUUAAAAUGCUUGAAAGAGAAAUGGAAAAAGCUAAACUUGAAUAUCAAGAUUUACAAAAAACAAUGCAACAAAUAGCAACGAAAAAUACAAAUGAUAAAUCAAAAUCAGAAGGAGAAUAUCGAAAAAAAUGUGAAUUAGCGAAAGCUCGUUUGGAUUCAUUACAACAAAAAGAAAAACAUUAUCGAGAACUUAUGAUUAAACUUACAGGGAAUAGUGAAAAAAGAAUUAUUGAUUUACAAGCUGCUCUAUUUCGUAUGAAACAACAGUAUGAAACUUCUCAAAAACGUAUACGUGAAGAAAUAGAAUUAAAAAAUAAAUUUGAACAAGAUUUAAUACGUGAACAACAACGUAUACAAGAAUUAACCAUUCAAAAUGAACAACAACAAAAAAUAUUAAAAUUAAAAACUGAAGGUCUUGUUGCAGCACAACGAAAAUUACGUGGUGUAUCAAAUGGAAAUCUUACUGAUAGAACAUUGAAUUUUGAUGUUGAAAUGGAAAAAUUAAUUACGGAAAGAAAGGAAUUAGAAGGUUUAAGAGAUGAUAUGGAGAAACGUGAAGAACUUAUUAAAAAAAAAGAAUUAUUAAUUAAUGAAAAAACUGAAUUGGAAACAAGAAAAGUUCGUUCAAGUCAAGUUAAUAAUAAGAAUACAAAGAGUAUUGAUAAACAAAAAUCAGAUCGUCAAAUGAUACGUGAACAAUUAGUCGAACAAAAACGUUUAUUUACAGAAAGAUUAGAAGAACAAAAUGGUGUAUUAUCACCUACAGAAGAAAGACGUUUAAUUGAAAUUGGUGAAGCUAUUGAAGCACUUGAUUUAGCUAUUGAUUAUCAAAAUAAUGUUAUAUCAAAACGUGAACGUGAUGUUCAACAAUCUAUUCGAGCUAGUCAGGGUUCUGAUUCUCCUCUAUUUAAAAUUAGUCAAUUAAAUGAAAAUGAAUCCAAAGAACUUUGUCGUAAAUUAUUCGAAAAAGUAAUUGAUCUUAAAGAAGAUGAUAAUAAAAAUCAACGUAAUUAUGAAGAAAUGAAAUCUCAACUUAUUGAACAAACUGAAACAAUUAAUGAAUUACAAUCACGUAUUCAAUCAUUAUCACUUGAUCAUGAUCGUCGUUUAACAUCUAUUCAACAAACACAUGAAGAAGAAAAACAAUUAUUACUUGGACAAUUACAAGAAUCAUCAAAUCAAAUAAAAGAACUUGAAAAAGAUUUAUAUUUCUAUAAACAUAAAACUAGAGAAUUACGUAAAUCCAUGGCAACAUCAAUAACAAAUGUUAGUGAUCUAUCAACACAACGAAAACAUUCCAAUACAAAUGACGAUGAUUUACGUUUACCAAGAUCAUCUGUACAACAACCAACACCAUUUAUUCUUAAAAUAGGUAAUCGAAGUAAUUCAACACAUAACUCAUAA